AUGCGGCUCGGGGGACCCCCCCGCGGCCCCUGCUCCGGGCCGAGCCCCGCGGGGCCUUGGCGCGGCCCAGGCCGCGUGCAGAUCUGCGAGAGCCCCCAGAGCCGGCCCGGGCGCACAAGACCCGCCUCGCCGGGACCCGCCGCGCCCUCGGGGCUCCCGGCCUCGCCGCAGUCACGGCGCCCAGCCUCCGCGAGGAGGGCCCGGCCGACAACCCUUCCCCCCUUCGGGAGCCGCCUCUGGUGCCGGCGGCGGCCGCCCUCCCCAGAAGCCCUCGGCUCCGCCCCGUGCAGCCCCGCCCCGCCUCGAGGCUCCCUCCUGCCCCCCCCCGGCGGCCCUCUGGGCGCGGCGGGGGGCGGGGCCGCGCGGGGGCGGGCGGAAGCGCGGGGGAAGGUGCUUCCGGGCCAGAGGGCGGGCAAGAUGGCGGCGCCCAUGGAGCUGUACUGCUGGUCGGGGGGCUGGGGGCUACCGUCAGUGGACCUGGACAGCCUGGCCGUGCUGACCUAUGCCAGGUUUACUGGCGCCCCUCUCAAGGUGCACAAGAUUACCAACCCCUGGCAAAGCCCUUCAGGAACUCUGCCCGCCCUUCGGACCAGGCAUGGAGAGGUCAUCUCGGUACCACACAAGAUCAUCACCCACCUUCGAAAAGAGAAGUACAAUGCAGAUUAUGAUCUGUCGGCCCGGCAAGGGGCAGACACGCUGGCCUUCAUGUCUCUGCUGGAGGAGAAGCUGCUCCCGGUGCUGAUACAUACUUUUUGGGUAGACACCAAGAACUAUGUGGAGGUGACCCGGAAGUGGUACGCGGAGGCUAUACCCUUUCCCCUGAACUUCUUCCUUCCCGGCCGCAUGCAGCGGCAGUUCAUGGAGCGGCUGCAGCUGCUGUGCGGGGAGCACAGCCCAGAGAAUGAGGAAGAGCUGGAGAAGGAGCUAUACCAAGAGGCCCGGGAAUGCCUGACCCUGCUCUCUCAGCGCCUGGGCUCUCAGAAGUUCUUCUUUGGAGAUGCCCCUGCCUCCCUGGAUGCCUUUGUCUUUGGCUAUCUGGCCCUGCUGCUGCAGGCCAAGCUGCCCAGUGGAAAGCUGCAGGCCCACCUGCGGGGGCUGCAGAACCUCUGUGCCUACUGCACACACAUCCUCAGCCUCUACUUCCCCUGGGAUGGAGCUGACAUGCCACUCCCACGCCAGACACCAGUGGGCCCAGAGACGGAGGAGGAACCAUACCGGCGCCGGAACCAGAUCCUGUCUGUGCUGGCAGGACUGGCAGCCAUGGUGGGCUACGCCUUGCUCAGUGGCAUUGUCUCCAUCCAGCGGGCCACGCCUGCUCGGGCCCCUAGCACACAGUCCUUGAGCAUAGCUGAGGAGGAUGAAGACGAAUGACUUGUCCUCAUGCUCUCAGGACUGAGUUUUCUACUCUCGUACAUUCCAGAGGCCCCUGUGUUUCCCUGUUGUUGGUACGGCUGGAAGUGGGCUGCUGCUCCCAUAAUAAACCUGUCCACGCUGA